UUUCUGCUUCAUUGACGUCAGUCGCCGAGACAAUCGGUGUUUACUAUGAUCACAAGAUAGUGAUUUAGCAAAAACUUGUAAUAUAUGAUCAUUAAUAAAGAAAUCAAAGAUGUUCCGAAGGAUGAAGAACUGGCUCAACCCCCCGCGGAUAGACAGACGGGAGGGGGAUGUCGGGGACGUGGACGAGUUACUUCCCCUGACGGAAUCGGACUUCGAGGUUAUGUCGGAUUCAGAUUCGCCUUCCAAUGGAGUUGUGAAUGGAGUUCAUUUGAAUGGAAAUAUGUCGGUAAAACCUAAACCCAUGAACAUGAAAGAGGACAGAGAAAUUCGGUGUGGUUUCGGAUCUUAUUCUCCGAACUGUCUUCAAAAGUUCAACAAUCCUAAAGCUUUAUUGUUUUUCCUUUGCUGCUUUUGUACUUUACAAGGUUUUGUGGUGAAUGGUAUCAAUAAUGUAAAUACUACCUCAAUAGAACGUCGAUUUGAACUGCCCAGUUCUCGGGUAGGAUCCAUAUCGAGUGCUUACGAUGUCUCUGCGGCCAUUAUUGGCAUCAUCAUCUCAUACUUCGGUUCCGGGAAAAACAAACCUCGUAUGAUUGCUUGUGCUUGUCUCGUGAUGUCAUUGGGAUCUUUCAUCAUGGCGCUUCCACAUUUUACAACAGGGUUGUAUGAAUGGGGUCAAAAUUUGGCAGAAUCUUGUCGAGACCCUGCUGCCGCUGCGCUCGCCAAAAGUUCCUGCUCCCCGGAUAACGAACACCUAUUGCAGCGUUAUCUUUAUGUGUUCCUGCUGGGACAGACCCUCCACGGUAUAGGGGGGACCACCCUCUACAUUGUGGGCGUGGCUCUAAUUGACGACAGCGUACCCUCCGCUGCCUCUCCCCUUUAUGUCGGUAUAAUGUACGCCUUCGCUACCCUGGGCCCCGCGCUUGGUUACGUAGUUGGGGGACGAUUAUUGGACAUAUACGUUGAUUUCCAUGAAGUAGACAGUGUAUCGAUAACUCCCGAUGACCCACGAUGGGUUGGUGCCUGGUGGAUUGGUUUUGCCGUGGCCUCUGUGCUUUUUUUAGUAGUGUCCGUUCCAAUAUUUGGUUACGGGACAGAGCUACCAACUGCACAGAACGUGCGAGAAACCCGUGUGACAGAAACACACAUGGACAAUUCAACAGAGAAAAACGGAAAAGAGCUUGGGAAAUCCUUAAGGGAUAUGCCAAAAUCCUUUUGGAUCCUUAUGAAAAAUCCCGCCUUCCUGUUCAUUUCAUUGGCUGGAACCUUUGAGGGAUUUUCUACCUCGGGAAUGGCAACAUUUCUACCGAAAUUUAUUCAGAAUCAGUUUGGUGUUUCUGCUGCCUCUGCGGCCAUAUUAGCAGGAGUGGUGGCAGUUCCUGGGGCCGCAGGGGGACAGUUUGUAGGAGGGAUUAUUUGUAAGAAGUGGAAGUUGAAGGUUCAGGGCAUGUUGCGGCUUAACGUCAUCGUCUGCAUCAUGGCACUACUUUUGGAUGGUGUUGUUUGGGUCAGAUGUGAUCUUGAAGACAUUGCAGGUGUCAAUGUUGGAUAUUUUCAAAGAGAAAACCAGAAUAGUUUAAUAUCGACAUGCAACAAUAAUUGUUCUUGUACCACUGAGUUGUAUGAGCCAGUAUGUGGUGAAAAUAACAUUCAGUAUUUUUCACCGUGCCAUGCAGGUUGUUCAGGAAAAGCUAGCGCAGACGGUACUUACUCACACUGUGCAUGUGUAGCUGCUGCAAGUCAGUACAAUUUGUCCAAUCAGUCAAGUUUAGCUUCAGUCAAAAAGGGCAAAUGUAAUUCCGAUUGCUUCAAAAUGUACAUAUUUCUUCCCAUUCUACUGCUAUCCAUCUUUUUCCGAUUCGUUGAAUCGCCUCCAUCAGUCGCCGUCACUUUAAGGUGUAUUCAUGAUAGUCAACGUACCUUCGCGUUGGGUAUACAGUGGGCUAUUGCUAGGUUGUUAGGGACCGUUCCUGGACCUAUAUUAUUUGGUGUUGUAAUUGACAGUACUUGUUUAGUGUGGAAGGAAAAAUGCAAUGAACAAGCUUCCUGUUGGAUUUACGACAAUCUAGCUUUAAGUCAAAACUUCUUCAUUAUUUUGAUAUGUGUAAAGGUUUUGGCAGCUGUGAUGUUUGUGUUGGCCUACAAAUUUUAUAAUCCCCCUUCAGACAAAAUUCAAACCCUCAAUGUGACUGUAAAUCGCCCGACCGAGAACGGAGUCGUUUCCCACAAACAAGAAAGUGGAAGUACUUCCGACUCUUCGGUAGGUUCUGUGCGAACUUCUACGAUAUGAAAGGUUGUGUGUGUUUUUGUUAAUUUAUUGCGGAUGUUACUUGUUAAUUGCAGAUUAAGUUAUUUACACGAACAUUCCUCGUAUGCGCCAGUUCGACUUUUUGGCUUGAGAUGUGGAGUAAAUAUUAUUAUACUGCUAAUACAAAGGUGCAGUGUUACAUAUUCUUGAUUGAAGUGUAUUUAUAUUUUAUUUUUACCAUGAGUGUUAGUGAAUGCAAUAUUUGUUCUGUGUGUGCUGGUUCAUGCAAAAAUGUGUUCACCGGACUAUUUUUUACAUGAGGAGUACUUGUAUACCAUAUGAUUGACAGUCCGUCAUAUUUUUAUUAUUAUGAUGGAUUACCGAUUUGUCUCGUCGUUGCAUUGAAUUUUUUUCUGUGAUAUAUAUAUAUAUUCAAGAAAUUCUUUACCAAUUUUAUAAGAAUUAUUCUUACCAUCAGUUCUUGACUUUAAAUUUCUGAAGUUCAUAUUAAUUUUCCUAGAUUAAUAAUCACAGUGACAAUUGUUGAAAGGUUAUGUUGAAAUUGAAUACUCACUCGUAAAUACAAGUUGUCUCCAAAGAAAUUAAUGGUGAUCGUCUUAGAUUAGCAAGCCUUGCCCUCCUUUUUUGGGGAAAUGUAUAAUUCAUUUAAUAGUUGUUCUCAUUUUUAGAGAACGAUUUACGAACAAAAUUAAUAACGAAAUUGUUAAUUGAUUUUUUAUGCUUCAUAAAUCGCAAAAAGUUGUACUCAUAAAAAAAAAAUAGAACGCUUGCAACCCCAUCCCACCCAACUCAUUUUGGAUGGAAAUGACCAGAAAAUACUCAACAAAAGUUGGAAUAUUUUCGAAUGUGUCUAUUAACAUUAUUGUAUGUUAUUGAAGAAAAGUCUAUUUUUGAUAAUAAAAUAUCUUUGAAAAUUGAA